AUGGCGACCGAAUCUCCCAUCCCCGAACCCCCAAGCUCCUACAAACCCCGCUACAUAGAUAUAGGAAUCAACCUCACCGACCCCGUCUACUCCGGCAUCUACCAUGGCACCCAACGCCACCCCGCAGACCUCCACGCGGUAGUCGCCCGCGCAAAAGAAGCAGGAUGUACGAAACUCAUCGUGACGGGUAGUGAUCUGGCGGAAUCAAAGAAAGCUGUGGAGUUGGCGAAGGAAUAUCCUGGCACAAUAUACACCACAAUAGGCGUCCAUCCUUGCUCUUGCACACAAUUCGAAACCCACGAUCCAUCCCCCGAAGACCUACUUUCGCAGCUCAAGAAACUGGCAAUCGAAGCCAAAUCCUCCGGCCACUGCGUCGCAUUCGGCGAAAUAGGCCUCGAUUACGACCGUCUGACCCUCUGCCCAAAGAAAACACAACUCAAAUACUUCACCGCGCAACUCGAGCUAGCCACCGAACUCCAACUCCCGCUCUUCCUCCACUCCCGCGCCGCGCACGCCGAUUUCCUCACUAUCCUGAAUAAAUACUCGGAUCGACUCCCGAAACGCGGCGUCGUGCACUCUUUCACGGGAUCGAUGGAGGAAAUGCAAGAGUUAGUGCAACGGGGAUGGCAUAUAGGCGUCAACGGCUGCUCUCUUAAAACGGAGGAUAAUCUCAAGGUGGUGAAGGAGAUUCCGCUGGAAAGACUUAUGUUGGAGACGGACGGCCCGUGGUGCGAGAUCAGGGCUAGUCAUGCGGGGAGUAAGUAUUUGAAGGGGUUUGAGGAGGUGGGGAGGUGGGUUAAGAAGGAGAGGUGGGCGGAGGGGAACUGUGUUAAGGGGAGGAAUGAACCGUGUGUUAUUGGGAAGGUUGGGGUGGUUGUUGCGGGGGUUAGGGGGGUGGAGUUGAGGGAGGUGACGGAGAUGGCGUGGGGGAAUACGGGGAGGGUUUUUGGGAUUGAGGGAUGA